CAUAAAGCCGAUAACGCCGUGAACAAGAAACAGACACAAGUUCUGAGAAAUGGUGCUUGGGAAAUUGUUCACUGGGAGAAGGUAAAUGUUGGAGAUAUAGUUAUAAUAAAAGGCAAAGAGUAUAUACCUGCUGACACUGUCCUUCUCUCAUCAAGUGAGCCCCAGGCCAUGUGCUACAUCGAGACAUCCAACUUAGAUGGUGAAACAAACUUGAAAAUUAGACAAGGCUUACCAGCAACGUCGGAUAUCAAGGACAUUGACAGUUUGAUGAGAAUUUCUGGCAGAAUUGAGUGUGAAAGCCCAAAUCGACAUCUCUACGAUUUUGUUGGGAAUAUAAGACUUGAUGGACAUGGCACUGUUCCCCUGGGAGCAGACCAGAUUCUUCUACGUGGUGCUCAGUUAAGAAAUACUCAGUGGGUUCAUGGGAUAGUUGUCUACACUGGACAUGACACCAAGCUGAUGCAGAAUUCCACCAGUCCACCACUUAAACUCUCCAAUGUGGAACGGAUUACAAAUGUACAAAUUCUGAUUUUAUUUUGCAUCUUAAUUGCCAUGUCUCUUAUCUGUUCUGUGGGCUCAGCCAUUUGGAAUCGAAGGCAUUCUGGGAAAGACUGGUACCUCCAUCUACACUAUGGUGGUGCUAAUAAUUUUGGACUAAACUUCUUGACUUUCAUUAUCCUUUUCAACAACCUCAUUCCCAUCAGCUUGUUGGUUACAUUAGAAGUGGUAAAGUUUACCCAGGCAUACUUCAUAAAUUGGGAUCUUGACAUGCACUAUGAGCCCACAGAUACUGCUGCAAUGGCCCGGACAUCUAAUCUGAAUGAGGAACUUGGCCAGGUUAAAUACAUAUUUUCUGACAAAACUGGGACCCUGACAUGCAAUGUGAUGCAGUUUAAGAAGUGCACCAUCGCAGGCGUGGCUUAUGGGUGAGUGUGUUCCCGUUACUUGGUGUAUGACAU